CUUACCGAGAGAUGGCAGCACCGUCACUAUAAUGGAGUAAUGCUUCCUUGGUGUAAACCAACACUUGUAAACAUUUGCCGACUCGUGGGGAAGAUUAACUCCUGUGUAUCAUAAAGUUCUUUUUAUUGUGAAAGAUUGAUCCUCAUAUCGAUUAAAGAUGUCGUACAUGCUGCAACAUUUACAUAAUGGAUGGCAAGUGGAUCAAGCUAUACUCAGUGAAGAAGACAGAGUAGUGAUACAAAAGAUGCCGUACCACCAUGUCCGGCUGCAAGAAAUAUUUAAUUUCAGCAUUUAUCCAUCUUUUAACGGUGAUUCGCUUUGGCCACGAUUGGGACCCAACUUGCAUGAAGAUGGAUGAGGUUCUUUACAAUAUUGCUGAAAAAGUUAAAAACUUUGCCGUUAUAUACUUGGUGGACAUUACUGAAGUUCCUGAUUUUAAUAAGAUGUACGAGUUGUACGACCCUUGCACGUGUAUGUUCUUCUUCAGGAACAAACACAUCAUGAUUGAUCUGGGUACUGGUAACAACAACAAGAUCAAUUGGGCUUUGGAAGACAAGCAGGAGAUGAUUGACAUCGUGGAAACAGUGUACCGGGGAGCAAGAAAAGGAAGAGGUUUAGUGGUGUCACCAAAAGAUUAUUCAACCAAAUACAGAUAUUAAAAAUGGAUUCUUUUAGUGCUUUGUCAUAUAAUUUUUACAAACCAUGCAUUCAUGUAUGGCUUUUUGUACUAGAACUUAUCUUACUCUUAAGGUAAAGAGGUGGAAAAGUAUUUAACUUUAAAUCUGAUCGAAAUGGAUGGAUCCUCAAAUAAGUAUAUUUAAGUACUGUACUUCGGAGACUUCUGUUACUCAUUGUGAUCAUCUUCCUGAGUUUAAAAGAAGCCAGGUGAAAGUUCUGUCUCUGCCAUUUGGAGAACCAAGCAUGUAAACAUAAUACAGUGAUAUCUCUGUUAGUCGGAACAAUUGGUGCAGAGCAUUUCCGGGAGUGAGAGAUUUCCAGGUAAUGAGACAACUCUUUCAAUGCUGGAAAAAAUUCCUCUUCUCUGGAAUUUUCUGGGUACCGGGAAAAGUUUAUUGGAAUUUCCAGAAAUUGCACGUUACAUCAUCUCUCGAACCCGGAAAGAAAUCCCCCAUCCCCGGAAUUUAUCCGGGUACUGGAAUUUUCUUGGAAUUUUUUCAGAAUGAUUCAGUAUUUCAUCUCUUAACCCUUAAGCCCCAGGUUAGGGUGCCCCUGGCAGUAACCCCCACUCGGGGGUAAAUUGAGAAAAAUCAACUUUAACAAAAAUAAUUUUUAACCUUUUUAAAUGAUAAAACACUAAAAAGUAAGUAAGAAAAACUAUAUACAAUCUCUCCUCAACUUAUGGCAACCUGUACAUAUGACGGCCAUGGUUAUAAAAAAUAUUUUUCACAUUACAUAUUUUCAAGUCCCGACGUUAGUGAUAGCGCUGUGUACAGGUGCUCCUCUACUUACGAACGAGUUACAUUCCUGAGGCUUGUUUGUAAGUUCAACUUUAUUC